CAAUGCGUGCGUCUGGCUCCGUCGACCUUGUGGUACAGUAACACUGACAAUCGGGUGCUCUUCGCUGAACCUUUCGUGGUCUUCAUUUCAAUUCUCUCGUUACCGGACAUUUUUCAGCUUGAGUAUAUCAACAUCCAUCCCUUUUAAUCAAGAUGCAGCUUACAAGUCUCCUCCUUGCUUCGUUCGCCUCUUUGGUGGCAGCUCAAACAGCAACUUCUUCAGCUAGCACUUCCACAACCUCGUCGAGUUGCGCCGCUCAAAAUAUCCUUGAUGCCUGCAAGGCAACGAUCCAAGGCCAGGUCAACUCCUGCAGCCAAACCGACUACUCCUGUCUGUGCACACAGUAUGGCAACCUCCUGACAUGCUAUAAUAACUGCCCAAACGAUGCCGGCGUUUUUACAGUCCAACAGCAACGGGAACAGAAUUGCAACGCUGCAUCUGUGUACGGCACUACGACCACGUUGGGUACCGCCUCCGCCACCCAAACCUCAGCGAGCCUUACUGGCAGCACCGAGUCCGCCUCCGAAACUGCAAUCCAAACCGGCUUUGCCAGCUCUUCCGAAACUGGUGCAGAUGCAAGUGCCAGUGCAACUGGCAGCUCUUCCACCGACAAUGGUGCUGCUGGCUUGGAAAUUGGCCGUUGUUUGAUUGGCGUGGCUCUUGCUGGGCUUGGCCUAGUGCUGUAAAAAUGUUGGAAUAAUGUCGAUGGCAUAACUUACUUGCAUUUUGGUUGGAACAGGAAAGAAUACAUUGUAUUCAGAGGUCUCGGAAUAGCUUGUAAUGGAAUCAGUAAUUCAACGCG